UAUAAAUAAAUCAAUUUUUUGGUCACAUUAAUUAGCUAAGAUCAAAACAAACAAUAAUACUGCCAAAAAAUAUAUCCGGAAUCAAAUAAGUCCAAUAAUUGAAUAGAAGGAAAUGGCGGGUGAGAACCAGGGAAGGCUACCUCCACCACCUUACAAGUAUGAAGAUUUGACUCUGGAAUGGAGAGUGGAUAUAGGGCCUAAAUAUGAUACUCUCAUCCUUCAUUUACCAGAUGGUUUCACAAGGGACCAUGUGAGUAUAGGCGUUUCAACCAAGGGAGGUUCUCAAGAAGAAGAAGAAAAGUUUAUCAACAUCAGCGGGCAUAAGCUGGAUGAAGGCAGCAACAACAAACGGUUGCGAUUUUAUAAACAAUUCAAGGUUUCAACCAAGUGCGACGUGAAAAGAAUGUAUAUGAGAUUCGAAAAUGACAAAGAUUUAUUUAUAUGGCAAUUCAAACCCCUAUUUGAAGCUACAGAUUCCCAUACGGCGGCGACAAUGGAGCAAGCAUUUACGGUGGUGGAUGACGUAGAUCCGGCCGCCGCUCUCACUUACAUUGACCAGUACAACCGUAUGUCCUUUAAGAAAGGAGUCGACGGAGACAAAACCCACCCAGAAGCUGACACUCUUACCCUUCACUUUCCUCCUGGUUUCCAAGAGGAUCAAGUUAGAAUCGAGUCAAACACAUCUUCUCCAUAUAUCUUGAUGACCGCACAUAAACAGCGGCGAGGCGAGAGGAUAUAUCAUUUAAAUGAAGUUUAUACUCCGCCGUCAAAAUUAAAGGGGUGGGUUCGGUUGUACUCAUACUUGACGGGUGCUUUUUUUGAUGCGUAUGAUAUGAACCGGACUGAGAUAAAAAUUGAAAAAGGUGCGGCCAUUGUUACACUACACAAACCCAUCAUCCCAACCAAUGGCUCUGCACAGACAAGCAAAAUGAAGGACGAAGAUGAUAAUGAUCACAAGAAGAAUGUAAUGGCGGAAAAUUUGGAUGACGGGCCGAAACGCGUUGUUGAAAAAAUCGAAAUAAUGGACGAUUAUGAAGGCGACGCGGCGGUGGAAACAGCGGCUACCCCAGAACCUCAUAAAGAAGAGCCAAGAACGAUGAGGAUGACGAUCAUGAUUAUCCUUUUCGCAGUUGGUGUAGCCAUGUUGUUUGUUAAUAAAAAAACAUUUUACUACCUAAUAAUUAAUAAUAUUGUGUGAGUUUUUACUCACUUAAACCCAACCCUAUAUAUAUAUCCUAUAUGUAUGUAUCCUAGCUUCAAGCAAUAUUGUGUGUGUAUGUUUUAAGUAAUGUGAUAUAAGUCCAUUGUCC